AUGGUAGUGCACCCACCGCUCUAUUCAUCGAGGGAUCUCGACACCAAGUUGGAUGCUGAGCUAAGUAGGGUCCAGGAGGAUCGAGCGGCCAUCCAGCUCAAGCUCCAGAGCAAUGACGAUUUGCAUGACAAUUCGUUACUUCAUGAAGCAGUACAAGAAAUCACGAAGCUGAUUCAGGCUGCCUUGGCCAACACCGAUUAUGAUGCCAAGCUUGCCUCUCUCAAUGACAUCUUAGAAGUAUAUGGCCCCCUUGAACUGGUGUUGGUGGUAAGAAACUCCGUCUCCCAGCAGCAAGCGGCACACAGCACCAGGCUUGUUUUGGUGGAAUACCAGGUAAUCCUUCAAAACCUUUCAGCUCUUACUGUGGAUUCAGAUAUCGUUCUUACCUCUUUAAAGGCUAUCUCCGCUGCUACUGAUGCGUUUGCCGCCAAAUCUUUUAGUGAGUCCCAGCUACAGGCCACGUUGGCUGAAAACUUGAGGGCCAAGGUGAACAGUGUCAUUGUUUCUAGCUUGAAGCCGAAGCUCGACGAGAAACUUACAGUGCUAGUGAACGAAUCCAACUGGGUAUCGGCAGAUGUGCCGGCCGCUGUGUUGGGUCCGUUGAAAGUGGCACUUGUCAACCUUUUAACCUUGCAAGGAUAUAGUAACGCUGCAGUCUAUCCAGAGCCUCUCUGGGCGUUAAGCACGUUGACCCGUCCUUUCACUACCCGAUUUAUGUACCACUUCGAGGGGAACAAGGAAACCAAUAGAGCCGAUAAACCCGAAUGGGCGUUGCAGUUCUUUGAAACCUUUAUGGAUAACCAUCUCACCAAGAUGCGGAGCCUUUUCGGCGACAUUUUCAGAGACACACCAUACCACAACCAAUUCUUUGUUUAUGAAAUAAUGACCAGUUUAUUAGCCCCGGUCAGAAUCAAAAUGGAACAUUACCUUAUUGACUCCUUGAACAAUCUUGACAGCAAUCCCAGGUUGCUUUCGCACCUCAUCUUUGAAUUACAAAGCUUUGACGCGAGAAUGGUGUCCAAGUACGGCUUCAACCCCCACCAACCCAUCCUGGAGGCGUCUGCGAAGCAGUGGUCGGGUUUGACGGGCGAUACGUUGCGCAACAAAGAUUACUUCCAGAGGUGGCUAGAAAACGAGCGGGAGUUGGCGUUAGUAAGGUUCAGAGAAAUCAUGGAAGCCGAUAACGCUUUUGAGAUUGACUACGACUUUGUAGAUGCUGGUGAAACCAAACCCACCGUGUCAGCCAUCAAUGUGCAGAAGCUCUUUGAGAAUAUCACCUCCCACUAUGCGAACAUCCGAAUCCUCAAGUACCAGCUCAAGUUUUUGAGCAACAUUCAGCUCCAUAUCUUGGAUUUGUACUAUGACCGGCUUUUAGAAGGGUUCCAGGCGUUCAAAAAGCUUUUCCACAAGAGUUCACUCUCAUUGGUUAAUAAUCGCACCACUGACGAGGCCCAAAAAAUCCAGGAGGUUCAAGGGGUUGAGCGGUUGUGCCGUCUCUACUGCUCCCUCCACUUUAUGAUCAACUGCAUGGAACAGUGGAGCGAGAGUAAGUUGUUUUUGCAAUUGUGGGCCCGGGUAUCUAGCCACAACAGCGAGACUGAACCUUUGGCCGAUCUGGAAACCAUGAAGCAUAUGUUCUUUGAUACCGUGAUUGGCCAAUACAGAGAACUCUCCACGCAGAUAUCUGAGCUCUUGACGGCUUUCUUUAACAAGGAAUUGAAAAACAGUAUCAAGGGCUAUCUCGCGUCAAGCCACUGGUCCAGGGUGACAGAGACAUCUGCAAAUGUCAUCACCCCGGCCCUUAGCCAGCCGCUUCAGAUUUUGUCUAGAGAGCUAGGUUUGUUUUCCCGCGCGGUGAGCUUUACCGAUCGCUUGUUUGUUCUCAGUGAAUUUACCGAGAACUUGGUGCUGACGUUUACAGACUAUAUCAUUGGGUCAAGCAACUUCAGAAAGUUUGGAGCUGCUCAGCUAGCUAUUGACUGGGAAGCGUUAUGCGUGGGAUUGGACUUGCCUCUCACCCUUGAGAGAAGAAAGCUAGAGCAGGUUAUCAGUGUGUUGAGCGUGUCAGAUGAAGGUUUGACCAAGAUGGGGUUUAAGAGCUUGGCUGCCUUGAAGGAAUCGGGGUUAUACGGAGGAGAGUUCAAGACAUUGAGAUCCCACCAGGAACUUGAGCUUGUGAGUAAUAAAGAAAUCACGCAAGUGCUAGCGAGACUCGAAUCAUAA